GCCUUCCGGGCUCUCUUCAGCUCUUCGUUCAUGGUCAGCAGGUCUUUGACUCUGGCGAACUUCCUGGGGUCCUUGCGAAUUAGGAAAACGAUGUCCUCCACCUGGACGCGGCCCUGGCGUCCGAUAGACAUGGCUUUGUGGGUCAUUUCCGUGAUAAACUCGAUCACCAGGUCCUCCAGAAUAUCCACAGACUCCGUAUACGGGUUCUGGUCGUCACCAAAUCCGUACAUCAUACACCGGAGCUCCUUGGAAAAGAGCCUCUUUCUCUUCCCACCGUGGCCGACAUCUACUCCGCCGGAUCCGUCCUCCACCUCCUCGUCGAAGCCAGUCUCGUCCUCCUCAUCCGCCAUUCUGCUGGAAACACGCAGAUAAACUGUUUGACUUUUCACUGAGCGGUAAUAUAUUGUUAAGUUAAACACACGGUGAUUCAGGGCAACAUACGGUACCUUGUAGCUGAGCGCGGGGUCACAACCGUGGUUUGUGUUGACUUCCGCCUGUAUCGUCGACUCUGGAUGUGGUUUGAGCAAAAGAAAAAAAGUCUUUCAGAAAACACUGCCCCUGCCGGUUGUCUUCAAGUCUGUUGUCCUUCGAAUAAUGAUCCGCCUAUUACUAUAACGUUACCACAAAGUUUACACUUGUUGCUCAACCAUAUAGUCAACAUGAAUCACGCAGUCCUCUGUGGGUGUUAGGACGGGAUGUGGAUUCAGUUGGGAGAUGCCUUUUCUACAGUAGCUGUCUUUUCUGACAGCUGAUCCUGGCAGACCUGGAUGGCGUGCCCAGUCCAGUUCCUCUGCCGGGGGAUUCGCACUAUUGGACUAGUUCUCCUUUAUUAUGUCUUCUCUAUAGGCAUCACCUUCUAUAACAAAUGGCUGAUGAAGGGGUUUCACUAUCCCCUCUUCAUGACGUUAGUUCACCUCUCCAUCAACUUCUGCCUGUCGGCUCUGACCCGGCGGUCCAUGCAGAGCUGGACAGGGAAACCCCGUAUCAUUCUGAGCUGGAGAGAUUACCUCCGUAAAGUGGCUCCCACAGCCUUGGCAACAGCACUGGAUAUAGGACUUUCCAACUGGAGCUUCCUCUUCAUCACCAUUAGCUUGUACACCAUGACCAAGUCGUCAGCAGUGCUCUUUAUCCUCUUUUUCUCCCUGGUCUUUAAACUAGAGGAGCCGAACCCAUUCCUGAUCCUGGUGGUCCUGCUGAUCUCCAGUGGUCUGUUUAUGUUUACAUUUGAGUCGACCCAGUUCAACCUGGAGGGCUUCAUCAUGGUGCUGCUGGCGUCCUUCAUAGGGGGGAUCCGCUGGACCCUCACUCAGGUCCUCAUGCAGAAGGCAGAGCUGGGGCUUCAGAACCCAAUAGACGCCAUGUACCACCUACAACCUCUCAUGUUUGUUGGCCUCUUUCCUCUCUUCCUGUAUAAUGAAGGGUUGAGCCUCGGUACCUCAGAAAAGUUAUUCCGGGUGACGGAGCUCUCACCUCUCCUGUAUUCAGUCUUCACACUGAGUAUCGGCGGCUUACUGGCCUUUGGUUUAGGCUUCUCAGAGUUCCUGCUAGUCUCCCGAACCUCCAGCCUCACAUUAUCCAUAUCAGGGAUCUUUAAGGAGGUGUGUACCCUGUUUUUGGCAGCAGCUCUGAUGGGAGACAAAAUGAGCAUGCUUAAUUGGCUGGGAUUUGCCAUGUGUGUGUGUGGCAUUUCAUUGCAUGUGGGACUCAAGACAUAUUAUUCCAAAAAUUUGUUGCUAAGUGGCACGAACAAGACCUGUAACUGUCAUGCUCUCCCACUUCUCUUGACCCAAAUCCUUUCCUACAUUUUAAAGCCAGAUUUGUUUUCCCUUUGUCUAUGUGAAUGUCAAGGUCGACUUAAGCUGACGGUCCUGUCAGAGGACAGGCUGCAGAUGAAAUGGAAGGAGGCGGAUGGACCUGUUCAGGGCUACAAGGUCCGAGUGAGGCCCAUCUCAGAGGUGCCACAGCCAGAGCUGAUGCUGACCACCACACGAGGCCGGGCAACGGUGGCAGGAUUGGACUCCAGUCAGGAGUACGCCCUCCAAGUCCUUGUGCUCAAUGGGACGACAGAGAAACUUCUCGCAAAGAGACGAUUCACUAUGGAGGGUCUGCGGGAAGAGGAAAUGAUCCGCAGUGGUAGCCGAGAGCAGAAGAAGAAGACGUUGCCAGGCGGGUCAGGAUCAGGUGAUCUGGACGAUGCAACAGAGGCUCUGGUGGGCCUGCCAACGAUUCUGUAUCCGGACCCCACCACCAGUGCUGCUGCUACAACAGAGCCCCCAGCUAUAGAAAUCCCCUCUCAGCUCCCUGAUGAGACUGCAGAGAAAACCGCCAAAGAAAAGAGGAAGAGGAAGAAAGAGAAAGAGCGAGAUCGUUUUAAGGUGGAGAAUAAAGUGGAGCAGGGGACGACGCAGGGCAAAGCAGCUGAGGAGAAACCCCGGAAAACACCUUUCCCUACCCAGCCGGUUACAGGUAUGUCUCCAAGGAAACCAUUUGAAUGUGACAGCAAUGCAGCAGCGGACAUCAUGUUGUUGGUGGAUGGCUCCUGGAGCAUCGGACGCACCAACUUCAGACGUGUCAGAGACUUCUUGGAGGGCCUGAUGACACCUUUCCACAUAGGACCGAACCACAUUCAGAUAGGUCUGACCCAGUACAGUGGAGACCCCCGCACAGAGUGGCAGCUCAACAACUUCACUACUAAAGACCAACUGCUGGAGGCAGUAAGGAAUUUCAGAUAUAAGGGAGGAAACACAUUUACAGGCCAGGCGCUGCUCCACGUCAUGGAGGAGAACAUGCGGGCCCAGGCAGGGGCAAGGUCGGACACACCAUUUUUCCUGGUCUUGUUGACCGAUGGGAAAUCUCAAGAUGACGCUAUUGCUGCAGCAAGCCGGCUGAAGAAUGCUGGCGUGGAGAUCAUCGCUGUAGGUGUAAAGAACGCUGAUGAAGCCGAGUUAAGACAAGUGGCGUCGGAGCCUGUGGAUCUGAACGUCUACAAUGUCAAUGACUUCCCUCUGCUCAGCAAACUGGUGGCACGACUAGUCCACAUCCUGUGUGGGAGGAUAGAGGACCGUGGCAUCUCAAAACGAAUGGAGCCUGGCCCGACAGCAGACCCGGCCCUCUCCUACCCCAGUCCGACUGAUCUCCGGUUCUCUGAACUGGGUUCCAGAGAAGUGAAGCUUCACUGGACCAAUCCUGCAAAGCCAGUCCAACAGUACAGAGUGGUCUACCAUAGCGCAGAGGGUCAGAGUCCACAGGAGGUGGUACUGGCCGGCUCAGAGUCCACUGUGUUGCUGGAUGGCCUCUCCUCUCAGACGCUGUACCAUGUGUCCAUCUUCCCUGUUUAUGAAGACAAUGUUGGCCUGGCGCUCAGAGGAACUGUCACUACAUUGGCCCUGGCCGUGCCGUCCAACCUGGAGGUGACGCCUUCCUCUUACAGCACGCUGCGAGUGAGUUGGGGUGCAGCACCUGGUGCAACACAGUACAUGAUCCUGUACUCAGCACUCAACCACGGAGAGCCUGAUGACGCCAAGGAGGAGAAAUUCAGUGCAGACCAGACAGUGGUGGAGCUGGCAGGGUUACUGCCAGCAACAGACUACUCUGUCACUCUUUAUGCCCUCUAUGACGAGGACCCGAGCGACCCUGUCACUGCUGUUGCCACCACUUUCCUCCUCCCACCGCCGGCGAGUAUUCAGUUCCCGAAGGUCACCCACAGUAUGCUGAGGGUGAGCUGGGUGCCAGGAGCCUUGGACGUCCCCGGCCACAGGAUCACCUACAGCACCAACCACGGCAGUGACAUCAAGCGGGUGGAGGUAACAGGACUGAACUCCGUGCUGGUGCAGAACCUGUCGUCUCUGUCUAGGUAUCUGGUUUCAGUCCAGUCUCACUACCCACAAGGCCUGUCUGCAGCUCUCACCAGUAACGUCACCACACUGAAGGUGCCUUCCCCAUCAGACCUCAGGGUGACUAACUUCUCAGGCAGUGAUAUCACCGUGCGCUGGGAGGCUGCAGCUGAUGAUGUUGUCUCUUACCUCAUAAAGUGGAUCUCCCUCAGUGGAGGAGACCUGAGACAGCUGCGGGUGAGUGGUGAGAGUGAAGGGGCGAUCCUGGAGGGGGUAGAGGACGAUAAGGAAUACCAGAUCUCUCUGUCUGCACUUUAUGGAGAUGGCGCUCAGAGUGAAGCUGUGGCAAUACGCUACAGCACCUUGUCUGGUGGUGGCCCAUCCAGCGUAACGGUCUCCGAGGAGACUGCCGUCAGCUUGGUGGUCAGCUGGAUACCUCCCAACGCUCAUGUCCUCCAGUAUCGCGUGUCUUACACUGCGCUGAGUGGAGCUGAAACCCAGGACAGCACUGUGUUAGUCCCAGGUGGUGAAAAGCGGGUGGUGCUAGAGUCAUUACAGCCAGAUACACGGUACAGCAUCCUGGUCACCGCAGAGUACCGCAACAGAGAAGGAGGCAGCGGUUCAGCUCAGGGCAAAACCACCAGUCUGCGGGUCAGCAGUGUGAGUGUGGUCAGGUCAGACCACUCCAGUAUCUGUGUGUUAUGGAGACCUGUGUCUGUGGUUGAUGGAUAUCGUAUUGUCAUCCAGUCCGUCAAAGACAAGCGGAAAAAGGAAGAAACGGUUGAUGAGACCAGCAGCAGUCACUGCUUCACUGAUCUGGAACCACAGACUCUGUAUCGCAUCAGCGUGCACUCGCUUCUCGACUCAGCAGAGGGCGCUGCCGUCUCCAUUCUCCAUCCAACAGCUACAGCUCCAGCCAGAAUUCCCAUCCAUCCCCGGCUGUACCCUAUCCACAACGAAGUCUGUCCUGCAGUCACCAUCAGAAACAGCAUUGUUAAAGGAUUUGACAUGAUGGAAGCCUUUGGUCUGACUCAGAAAGCUCACUCGUCUGUGGAGGGCGUGGCAGCCGAGCCUUUUGUCUUCAACACCCUCCCCACCUACACCCUGUACAGAGACGUCCAGCUGACACAGAGCACCAAGUUCAUCCACCCAGCAGGUUUCUCUCCAGAGCACACCAUCAGCAUCACCUUUCGCAUGUUGCAGGAUACACCCAGAGAGCCCUUCGCCCUCUGGCAGCUCACUGACAGUGACUUCCAGCCCAAGAUGGGUGUGGUGCUUGAACCUACUACAAAGCAUCUGGUGUAUUUUAGUCUGGACUACAGGGGGGAAGUACAGGAACUGACCUUUGACCAGCCGCAGGUCCGCAGACUGUUCUUUGGCAGUUUUCACAAGGUUCACCUGUCUGUCAGCCAGGUGAGUGUGUCUCUGUCUGUGGACUGCCAGCAUGUGGGUGAGAGGCCUGCCCGCCCCCUAGGCAACCUGCCAACUGACGGCUUUGAGAUGCUGGGAAAACUGGUGAAGACCAGAGGGCCCAAAAGUGGAUCUGCAUCGUUCCAGCUGCAGUCCUUUGAGAUUGUCUGUAACACAACAUGGGCUUCAGACGACACCUGCUGUGACCUGCCUGGAGUGCGAGAUGAGGAGAGCUGUCCUGCCCCGGCGUACACCUGCACCUGUUCCUCUGACAUCCCAGGAGCUCCUGGUUCCCCUGGACCAACUGGAAAGCCAGGUCCUCGUGGUGAGAAAGGCGAGAAGGGAGAACUUGGUCAAAAGGGGGAGGUGGGUCCUCCAGGAAAGCCUGGAUUUGAGGGAGGUCUUGGACCCCUGGGCAACACAGGCCCCCGAGGCAUGGCCGUGCAGGGCAAAAUGGGUCCCCCCGGUGCAAGGGGGGAAAAGGGAGAUCUUGGGCGACCAGGCGUCCAGGGUUUACCAGGACCUCCAGGUCCAAAAGGGGAAGAGGGGAUCCCAGGCUCCAAGGGCAUUAGAGGGAUCGAAGGUAACAUCGGUGCACCCGGCAUCACUGGACCCAGGGGUUUCCAAGGAAUGCCAGGACACCCAGGGCCUCUAGGGGAAAGGGGACCCUCAGGACCUGUGGGACCUACGGGUCUGCCAGGGAAUAAAGGGGAGCGGGGAGAGAAGGGGGAACCUCAGUCUAUGGCCAUGAUCUACCAGCUAGUCACACAGGCCUGUGAGCAACUAGUGCACAAGGAGGUGUUGAAGCUUGACAUGUUUAUUAAUGAGAUAAGUCGUAAGCCAGCUCCUAUUGAGGAGCCAGUCGGACCCCCAGGGGAACCUGGUAUGCCAGGGACCAAGGGACCACCAGGCUCCAGGGGAACUCAGGGGAGUGUAGGCCCAAGGGGGAGACCUGGCAGGGCUGGAUAUCCAGGAGAACAGGGAAGGAGAGGUAUGCCAGGGGGGAAAGGUGAUGUAGGAACCAAUGUUGAGGGACCCAUAGGGAUUAAAGGAUUCGCAGGUCCUCCAGGUGAGUCCAAGACGGGAGUCACAGGUUCCAAGGGACAUGAUGGUAAGCCAGGACCUCCAGGGAUCCCCGGACCUCCUGGAAAGCCAGGCGAGGUUGGACCACCGGGUGUGUGUGACAGCAGUGGAGGCUGCCACAGAGUUCCCCAACAAACAGAGGAUCCUUAUUAUGGCUACUAGCCUUGAGUGGAUAUUCACAAGCAGGCGGCAGUGGUAAAGGAGACUGAUGCCUGUUGGAAAUGACUAUGGUUCCUUUGGAGCUGAAUGAAUGGAGCUAAAAAGGCAACACUGAAGAUGUUUGGUGUGUUUUGCCACAUACUGAGGCGGAAGCAUCAUCGUGUGUGAGAAAAGGAAACAAUACAGGAAGGAUCUCUCUGUCCUCUUGCUAUACUGUUCUUUGACAGAAACAAUGCAAGUAGGAAGCUUUCUAAUAUAUUAUAGUAUUUUGAUGAACAGAUAGCAUCAUAAAUAUUUUCCCACUGGGAUCAGUAAAUUGCUGUCUUAUACACCAUAUUCGCACUGAAACCUUUUGUUACUGUUAUGUAUUCAUGCACUGUAUCAUUGCCAAGUAGUUUAGCCACAUGUGUUAAAUUUCUACCUAUUUCAUUUGCCAUUCUAACCUUAACUGCCUCAAGGAUAAUGAAAAUGCAUAAUCCAUGGUGUAAAAGCUUCUUUUUGUUCCAUGGUAUAAAUGAUACUGUGAGAAUGUCUGUUGUCAUCUGUAUGAUAAUUUGUAUAUUGUUUAUUAUAUAUACUGUAUACAGUUAUUCGUGUAUGAUAUUUUAUACUGUACCUAUCCAUAUUGAUACCUGUUUACAUUUCCUGAUGUCCUGGGGUUUGGGUGAUAAACUUUACGUGUGCGUGUGUGUGUGUGUGUGUGUGUGUGUGUGUUUGUGUGUGUGCGUGUGUUUGAGAGAGCAAAACAGAAAGAGUGUGUCAGAAAGAUGUUUGGGUUUUGUAUGUUUUUUUUAUCUUGUUAAUAAAAAGUAAUUAAUA